GUCUGUGGUUUGUGGCUUGCCAGGUACACUGAUGCAAGGUGCACUGCUGGACCACAGGACCACAGUUGGCCUGAUUCUGGGCACAGGCAGCAAUGCCUGCUAUCUGGAGCGCGCAGACAGGGUGCAUCACUGGGAGUCCAAGCGACAUGGUGAGAAAGAGAUUGUUAUCGAUGUGGAAUGGGGAGCGUUCGGUGACAAUGGGGUUUUGAAUUUUAUUAAAACUGACUUUGACAGACAAGUCGAUGACAAUUCUCUUAUAAAAAAAUCCUUCAUGUUUGAAAAGUAUAUAGGAGGAAAAUACUUGGGAGAGAUCGUUCGAGUGAUCCUAGUCAAGCUUAUUGAGGAGGAACUUCUCUUCGACGGAGAUGUGCCCCCCAAACUCACGCACAUCAAUUCAUUCCGAACGAGCUACGUAUCUCUCAUCGAUCAGUAAGUGAAAAAGCACUUA